GCUUCCAGGGCUCUAAUAGUAUAAGCAGUGAUGACUACUUCGGACGCGAGACACCUCAGGGCUCGAAGGCAUCGAUGUCUAACUUCAAUGGACCCAAUCUAUACGAUAUCAAAGAAGGCGUUCGCGACGGUGUCACUCAAGUGGCCGGAAAGCUCUCCAAUUUAGCCACAAAUGUUAUGUCUUCGCUACAGGAGAAAUACGGCGGUUAUUGAAAGUGAUUAUUGUUUAUAUAUGUUUUAAUGAAUUUUUCUGUUAUUAAAGUAUUGAUUUUGCUGUAAAUAUCGGAUACGAAAUGUCAUCCUUUUUUAGAUAAUUGUUUUGUUACUUUUAAAGCCAUUAAUAAUGGAUAUAUGGAAACAAAUCAUUAAAAAUUUUGAUAACUAUUUUAUUCAAUUUCAUAAGUGUUUCCUUUAUUUUCAUAACUG